AUGCAGAUCCCGAAAGCUUGGGGACGUGCCUGCGACUGGAACACGCCUAUGUGGACCUUUGUGGCUCAAAAAGAGCCAUUGGAGCACGAACCUACUCCCGUAGGUCGUGGGCUACGUCAUGAUCAGUACAUGUCAAUACCCCUCCCCGGUAUUGGCACACGCAAGUCUUUGAUUCAAUCAAUUACCAAGGCCUAUAUACCCCAAGAUGAGCUGGCUCAUAUUUAUCCAGCCUCAAAUGAUGUUCCCCGAGUAUGUGGUGCAUGGGUGGGUGUCUUGUCGAUACUUGCCGAAGGGUCCUCCUCGCGAUAUGACAGCGUCUUGUCCCCCGCAGUAACAGCUCUAAGCUCAUGCAUCACAUCCAACUCAUAUGCACAGAGUGUGAAAGACUAUUCCUUUGCUGUGGAUGUUCUUCGGACGGAUACACAGCAACUCAAAUCCCUCGAUGCCGAAUUUGCCGCGGCAAUCAUGUGCCUGGCUUUAGCAGAGCUCAUGUUUCCCGACUCCCGAUUCGGUCUUGCCAUGCAUGUUAAUGGUGUAGCACAACUGUUCCAAGCCAGCGGACCAAACAUGUUCAAGUCGGGAGCUCUGCAAAGCCUGUUCAUGGGUUUCCGGCCUCUUUUAGUAUGUGCUGUAGUGACAUGA